AUGUCUUGUCAGUCUUCAGUCAGGAUUCAAAGAAGCGGCCGGAGUGGCUUCAGUGCUAACUCCGCCAUCAUCCCUGGCAUCGCCCGGUCAGGCUUCAGCUCUAUGUCUGUGUGCCGUUCCGGGGGCAGUGGUGGCUUUGGAAGGGCUUGUGGAGUCUCUGGGGGAGCUGGUUUUGGCAGCCGAAGCCUUUACAACCUAGGGGGGUCCAAGAGGAUCUCCAUCGCAGGGAGCAGAGGUGGAUUCCAGAGUGGAUAUGGUGGAAGAGUGGGAGGUGGAUUUGGUUACAGCAGUGGAGUCAGUGGUGGCUUUGGAUUUGGUGGUGGAGCUGGCUUUGGUGGAGGCUAUGGAGGAGCUGGGUUUCCUGUCUGCCCACCUGGUGGCAUCCAAGAAGUCACUAUCAACCAGAGUCUUCUGACUCCCCUCAACCUGCAAAUUGACCCCACUAUCCAGAGGGUGAGGACUGAAGAGAGGGAGCAGAUCAAGACCCUCAACAACAAGUUUGCUUCCUUCAUUGACAAGGUGCGAUUUCUUGAACAACAAAACAAAGUUUUGGAUACCAAAUGGACACUGCUCCAAGAGCAGGGCACCAAGACUGUGAAGCAAAAUUUGGAACCAUUGUUUGAGACCUAUAUUAGCCAACUCAGGGGACAACUGGACAAAAUCAUAAGUGAGAAAAGUUUUCUGGAUGCUGAGCUGAGAAACAUGCAAGAUCAAGUGGAGGACUCUAAGAACAAGUUUGAAGAUGAAAUUAACAAGCGCACAGCAGCAGAGAAUGAAUUUGUGACACUAAAGAAGGAUGUCGAUGCUGCCUACAUGAAUAAGGUUGAAUUGCAGGCCAACGCAGACUCUCUCCAAGAUGAGAUCAGCUUCCUCAAAGUCUUAUAUGAAGCAGAACUGUCCCAGAUGCAAACCCACAUCUCUGACACCUCUGUUAUUCUGUCCAUGGACAACAACCGCUCUCUGGAUCUGAAUAGCAUCAUUGCUGAAGUCAAGGCUCAGUAUGAAGAUAUUGCUCAGAGGAGCAGGGCUGAGGCUGAGUCCUGGUACCAGACCAAGUACGAGGAACUGCAGAUCACAGCUGGCCGCCAUGGGGAUGACCUCCGCAACACCAAGCACGAGAUCUCUGAAAUGAACAGAAUGAUCCAAAGGCUGAGAUCUGAGAUCGAUAACGUCAAGAAGCAGUGUGCUAACCUACAGAAUGCCAUUGCUGAAGCCGAGCAGAAGGGUGAGAUGGCCCUCAAGGAUGCCAGGACUAAAUUGGAAGAGCUGGAAGCUGCCCUGCAGAGGGCCAAACAGGACAUGGCCCGCCAGCUACGGGAAUACCAGGAGCUGAUGAACGUCAAACUGGCGCUGGACAUUGAGAUCGCCACCUACAGGAAGUUGCUGGAGGGAGAGGAAUGCAGACUGAGUGGAGAGGGUGUUGGACCAGUCAAUAUCUCUGUCGUGAGCUCCACAGUCUCCAGUGGGUACGGCAGUGGCAGCGGUAUCGGCUCUGGCAGUGGUUUUGGUGUGGGUGGAGGAAGUGGUUAUUCCUAUGGUAGUGGCGGCAGCUACAACAUGGGAGGAGGGCUCAGCGUUGGAGGUGGCUUCAGCAGCAGCAGUGGGAGAGGCAGCAGCACCAGUGUAAAGUACACCACGAGCACAUCUUCCAGCAGGAAGAGCUACAAGCACUAACGUGUCUACCAGAUCCUUGGCUCCGGAAUGCCUCAAGCUCUUUCUCCUGUUCCUAACCCUUAGCAUCAAGGGUGCUAUCCUUCUGGCUCCUGCAGAUGUUAGGGUUGGUUUCUAGACACCCACUCCCAACCUUUGGUCUUUUCUUGCACUCAGGGUUGGGUCCAAGAUUUUAAAUGCCACAUUUUCACCCACUGAAUUAUAUUAAUUGAGUGUGAACUUCCAAUAAUAAAAUUGUUGAGAAUAUCAGUGGGCAAGGUCACACAAGUUCUAGAUGACCCUCCUGUCUAGCUAUCAGAAUAUCCACCUAUUGUCUAUAAGUUUCUAAGUUUGAGGCCUUGGAAAAAUGCCUAAGUGGUCUUUUUAAGAACAGACACUCACUUAGGGCCUGAAAGAAGCAUUGCGUACUUGGCCCCUUUCAGCUGGCCAUCCCGAACUGCACAUCUCUAUGUGCUCAAAAAGAAGUGGUGCUGAUGUUUUCUUGCAGUGUCCCUGAAGGCAGAGGUGAUGAUAGAGGCAGAUAGAAUACUGAAACUGUAUCCCUGUGGCAUAUUUCUUUGGUCCCUUCCACCUCUUAUACU